AUAUAACAUAAUGCUGAAAAUUUGACAGAUGCUUUACAGCCAUUCAACUCUGGAUCCACAUUCCACCAGUUGCUCGACGUCGCACGUACAUUUACGUCAUCGCGUCACCAGCGGCGCACGCCCCGCCUCCGCACCCGCGUCCGUCUCCAAUAGCAACCAAGUGCCGCUGUGUCGUUUAUCCAGGAUGGAUUCCCUUACAGAGAGUGAAAUGGCAGAGAUAUCAAGACUCCAGAGAGAUGCUGGUAUGCAGAGGCUCAGCUGUCACUUCUCGUGGCCUGAGUUCUCUGACGAACGGCGGCGCUUUCAUCAGGAGUUCGUGUACGACGUCGCUAUGUUCGCUGCAGACCGUGGACUCUCCUGGAACAACGUCAUCCGAGUGGCUGUGGCCUCUAAAGACAUGUUUCCACAGCUGGAUGGUCAGAACAAACAGCAGUGUGCUUUACAGAGGCCUUACAGAUCACAAAGUACACAAACUGCUAUCCGUGCUGAGAGACGUGCUGUGUGAGCGUUUACCAAACCUCACUCCCGUCCACCGACAUGAGCUCACCCGUUACCUGACAGACACCUGCGUCACCCGCCGGAGGCUUUUUCAGGCGGUGGUGGGCGGCGCUGCUGACAUGUCCAUCGUCCAGUUACACCUGGAGGUGCAGCUGCCACCAACACCCUGUCCUCUAGCACAGGGCACAGAUCUGCAUGAGGGGGAGACUCAGCAGCUGCUAGCUAAAGUCACUUCAGCAUUGCAGCAGAAAGAAGAAGAGUUGAGAAGUCUCCGAGAGGGGUCACGGGUCACUCUGAGUGAGGUCAGUUUACCAGAAGAUGAGCAUCUGGACAAACAGAGCAUCUUGGAGUUGGUUCGUGCAGCAGUGAGGGCCACAAAAGGGCAGAUAGAGGAGAGUUUGAACCAUGAGGCCACCCUGCUUGGAGACAUCCUGCAGCUCAAAGUGCAGCAGGCAGCUUUGGCCACUAGGAGGCACCACAACACCGUUUCCUCCAAUACAGCUCACAACAAACGUCCAGACAUGUCAGCAAAAGCAAAAAGCAAAACAAGAGUGAGAAAGACUGGAAAUGCUGUGUGAGGGCAGGACGUCAGAGAAUAAAGCUAAAUGGAGGUAAACACUGCUAAUGAUGCUCCAGUUUUGUAAAUUUAUGAUGUCUAAUACUUGAAAUAUAAAAGCAAGACUUCAGUUUUGUGAUCAUGUGAGUACAGUAAGUGGUUACAAAAGCCAGGGCUUU